AUGACGCUUAGCUCUGCAGGAUCCAGUGUCGUGGUUCCAAGGAACUUCAGAUUGCUUGAGGAACUUGAAAAGGGAGAAAAGGGAAUUGGAGAUGGCACAGUUAGCUAUGGAAUGGAUGAUGGCGAUGAUCUUUACAUGCGCUCUUGGACUGGCACUAUUAUUGGCCCCUAUAAUACUGUACAUGAAGGAAGAAUCUAUCAAUUGAAGUUGUUUUGUGAUAAAGAUUACCCAGAAAAGCCUCCAAGUGUUCGGUUUCAUUCACGGAUCAAUAUGACUUGUGUUAAUCAUGAAACUGGAGUGGUUGAAUCAAAGAAAUUUGGUCUUCUUGCAAAUUGGCAACGAAGGUUUACCAUGGAAGAUAUAUUGACCCAACUGAAGAAGGAGAUGGCAGCUUCACAUAACCGCAAGCUUAUCCAGCCUCCUGAAGGUACUUGCUAUUAG